GCGCACUAUGGCCCCCUCAAAACCGAAAGGGGCAAAGCUGUCUACAGACCCCCUCAAGCAGGUCUCCAAAUACGAAUCAGCCCUCACCGCCUCCACCUUCGACCCUAACCCCCUUCUGCCCCUUAUCGCGCUCGCCAGGCAUGACGACCCCCAGAUCGUGCACAAGGCUGUAUGGGCUUUGCACCGUGUUUUUAUCAAGCUUAUUGGGGAUGGAAAGGUCGGGGGGCUGAGUGGGGAUCUUGUUAAUGGUGCGGAGAGGGAGCAGGUGGUGGGGGAGGAGGGUGAGAAGGCGGUCAAGGCGUGGGUGAGGGAGAGGUUGUUGGAGUAUGUGGAAGUGUUGGCGGGGCUUAUGAGGGAUGAAGAGUCUGCUCUCAGGGCGUCUUCAGUCCCACUCUUAUUCUCCCUCCUCCCAUCUCUCUCCGCAUCCAUAUCCUCCAAACCCAUCAUCCACAUCCCCUACUUCCGCCUCAUCCUCAACUACCUCAUCUUCCCCCGCCCCUCCCUUCGAGGUGCCAAGCCCAAAACCAAAUCCGUCGGGUGGAAAAUCGUCGCUGCCAACCAAGUCGCGGACGCGGACGGCGUCUUGCCGGAAGACGUCGCGAAAGUGGUGGUUGACGACUUUUGGGCGCCGCACGAUGAUAUCCGAUGGGCCUUCUUCAAGGAGGCUUCUACUUUGAUCCAGGGCCAUACGUCUGUGAUUGCGCAUCCGGAGAAUGUGCUUUUGCAAGUACUCCCGCUCAACAAUCUUCCCCGCGAAGCGGCCGACAUUAACGCCUUUUACGUCUCUGCCUUCUCCACGCCGCCGGCCAAAGGGGAAGGCGAGGCGAGACCUGUGAAAAAGUCGCGGUCGGUCAAAGCGAAAAAGGGAAAAGCCAAAGCAGAGGUCGACGCUUUGCCAGACUGGAUGAAAGACUACGAGUCGUCCGAUUCCGAAUCCGACUCGGAGCUCCAAGCCGGGUCCAAGAAACGUACCCGCACCUCCCAGCUUUCCCUACACGCCUCCAUCUACUCGAUCGUCUCUCACACUACCCAAUUCACCGCGCUUUGGGAGAGUGUGCUCUUCAAUUUGAGGCUGGAUGAAGGAUGGACACGCAAGAUUUUGGUAGCGCUACACGGAGAACAGGGGAUCUUGAGUUUCUGGAAGAAGGAGAGGAGAUUGAGGGUGGCGGAUUGGUUGGGCAGCUUGGUGGAUCAAGGCGGGGUGGUGGGGAUGUUGGCGAUGAAUGGGUUGUUUGUGUUGAUGACAGAGUACAACUUCGAGUACCCGAGAUUCUAUGAGCGGCUGUACGGGUUGCUGGACAAGGAUGUGAUGCACGUCAAGUAUAGGGCGCGAUUUGUCCGUCUUCUCGACAUCUUCCUCAAAGGAUCUCUGCUCCCCGCAGCCUUGAUAGCCUCCUUCAUCAAACGCCUCUCCCGUCUCGCACUCUCCGCCCCCCCAGCCGGCAUCAUCAUCAUCCUCCCCUUCUUGUAUAAUUUGUUCAAGAGACAUCCGGGGUGUAUGGUCAUGCUUCAGCGCCAAUCUGGUGAUCGGUUCGCCAACAAUCUGCCCAUUCUCAACCUUUCUUCUUCCGCCGGUUUCGAGAAAGAGGAAGAGAAGGUGGAGAAGAGCGAAGCGGACCCGUAUGAUGCGGAGGAGAAGAAUCCCUUGAAGACCAGGGCGAUAGAGUCGAGUUGCUGGGAACUGUCGACGCUGCAGAAACAUUAUCUCGCUUCUGUGUCGACUUUGGCGAAGGUGUUUGGGGAGGUGUUUACGAAGGCAGAGUAUGAUAUGGAAGAUUUCUUGGACCAUGGGUAUGGUACUUUGUUUGAGACUGAAAUCAAGCGUAAAAUCCGACACCCGCCAGCACUUUCUGUAGCGCUCGAGACUGGGGCCAAGACCACCAUCUUCCCUGAUGGUGAGAAGAAGGAGGGUGAAGACGGUGGUGAAGGGGAGGAGGAUGUCGUGGCAGAGUUGUGGGCUUUCUAGGGGCGUGAAGUUGGGUAGAGGUCUGGGAGCCGGACGGGGAAUGGGAAUGGGGAUGUAUUAUCAUAAUGUUUUGCAUGUUCAUGUUUAUUCUUCCUGAUUUAUCGUUCACGAUGCGUACCGCCAUGCA